AUGAAUAUUGACUUCCAUUAUGUGAACACCAUGCUCAAUAUUUUCCCAGAAGCAGCUGAAAUCAAAACUCAAAAAACCGCAUCAUCAACCGUCAUGACAUCGACAACCAGAGAUCCCAAAAUCAUGCAUGGCUUUCCAACACGCGACGGUGAGUUUGGUUGGCAAGCUUCGUUGGAACUUUUUCAUCCAUCAUUAGGUUUUAUCGGGCAUUGGUGCGGUGGAGUCUUGAUUCAUAAGUAUUGGGUGUUGUCAAGUGCACAUUGCAUUCAUAAUGACUUGUUCAAUUUACCGCUUCCGGCUCUUUGGACAAUCGUGUUGGGUGAAAAUAAUCGGAAAGUAGAGUCGGGAUAUGAGCAACGUAUUUCGGUCGAUAAAAUUAUCAUGCAUGAGAAAUACCGUCACUUCAAAAAUGAUUUGGUUCUCAUGAAACUUGGUCGAGCUGCUAAUCUCUCUCCCAUGUCGAGAGUUAAAACAAUUCAACUAUCCUCCACCAGUCAUAUUCACGUAAAUCCCAACGCAUCUCCCAUGUCAGCCAUGAACCUUGACAAUGAUUUAUUUGAAAGAAAUGAGAAUUAUCUCCGAAGUUUGGAUUUGAACGUGAACGACCUUGCUAAAAAGAUUGCACAGGUGAAUAAAAAUGAGAUUAAGAGUCGACAGCGACAGGGAACAAAUAAAAUACAGAUGCGGCUGGAAGGAGAAGACACAAAUUCAACGAAGGUUGUUAAAGUGACUAAAAAAUUCCGUCGAAAUGACAAAUUUCUUCAUCGUCGUCCGACAACAUCAGACGAUCAAUAUUGGUUGAACCGAGAGAAUUUCACACCAACUUCUUCUAUCGACUAUGUUGAUUGUGUUGCUGUUGGUUGGGGAAAAUAUCGAAACCGAGGAGAUUUGUCAGAUAUUUUAUUGAAAAUUCAAGUUCCUAUUCAGGAUAUCAAAAGGUGUGAAGAGGUCUAUUCAGAUUUUGUUUCUUUACAUCAAAACCAGCAUUUAUGUGCCGGAAACAUGGACGGAAAGGGAGGAACAUGUGUCGGCGACUCAGGGGGUGGUUUACAGUGUAGAACUCAUAAAAAUGGGCCUUGGACUCUCGUGGGAAUCACAAGUUUUGGAUCUGGUUGUGCUAAAGCAGGUUAUCCGGAUGUUUUCACAAGGAUUUCCUGGUAUAGAAAUUGGAUCGAUAAUGCGAUACAAAAUAAUUAA